AUGUCGAUGACGGUACAGGAAUAUCUCGACCGGCACAAGCUGUCGCUGCGGAUAGAGGAGGCGGUCAAUGCGGCCGUGCGGGCGAAAUCCGACGAACCAAUCGCAUUCAUUGCUCGCCACUUGCAGCGUGCAGCCCCAUCUGUGAUCCUGAGUGUCAAGGGGCGAAUGGUGCUGGAUGCACGGGGGGAGCCCACGGUGGAGGUGGAGGUGGGCUCGCACAGGGGCAAGUUCCGCGCCUCCGUGCCCACUGGCGUUACUUCUGGCAUAUACGAAGCGGUGGAAGUGAGGGAUGGGGACGAGGGGGAAUUCUUUGGAAGGGGCGUGCAGAAGGCGGUGGGGAAUGUGAGCGACGCGAUUGCAGCAUGUCACACCCUUACCACCCCUCUCCCCAUUCUCUCCUUCUUUCCCCAUUCUGUCCCAGAUAUGAAGCGCAUCUCACGCCCUUACCACCCCUCUCCUUCUCCCUCCAUUCUUUCCUUCUCUCCCCAUUCUGUCCCCCUUCGAUAUGAGGCAGUCGAAGUGAGGGAUGGGGACGAGGGCGAAUUAUUCGGGAGGGGCGUGCAGAGGGCGGCGGGGAAUGUGAGCGACGCGAUAACAGCACCACCUUCCACUCCCCCCAACCCCUCGUUCUCUUUCCACCUUUCUCCCUCGCCCCGUUCCCACCCACCCAGCUACGAGGCAGUGGAGGUGAGGGAUGGGGACGAGGGGGAGUUCUUUGGAAGGGGCGUGCAGCGGGCGGUGGCGAAUGUGAGCGACGCGAUUGCAGCAGCGGUGGUGGGCAGGGACCCUCGGGAGCAAGGGGAGAUAGAUAGGCUGAUGGCUGCUGAACUGGAUCAGACUGACAACAAGGGCGAGCUAGGCGCCAAUGCCAUUCUCGCCGUGUCUCUGGCCAUGUGUCGGGCAGGUGCAGCAGAGAGAGAGGCGCUUGCAGCGGAGCGGUUUGGGGCAGCAGCAGCAGCGCUGGUGACUGAUGAUGGCAGCUUGGGUCUGCCUCUUGAAAGCAUACGGGAUGGUCUGCAGCUGCUGACGUCAGCAGUGUCAAAAGCAGGGCACAGUGAGAAAGUGAAGAUUAGCGUGCAUGCAGCGUUGGGAGGGCGUGUGACAGACGAGGGUCACUAUGACCUGGGUAUGCAGCAGCUGGAGCAUCUGCUGGGCGGCAGUGGUGGUGACAUCAGCAUGACAUCAGCCAACAGCAGUGGAAGCAGUUUGGAGCAAGUGACAGUCCAGCAGCUCAUAGACGUGUACCAGCAGCUGUGCUCAGAGUUCCCCAUUGUGAGCAUAGAGGACCCGUUUGACCAGGAAGACUUUGACGCCACUCAAGCCCUCUCAGAGGCUGGCUUCACCCAGGUGGUGGGCAACGACCUGCUGGUCUCCAAUGCCAAGCGACUGGCCCAAGCCAUUGAGAGGCGCACGUGCAGUGGCAUUGCAAUCAAGCUCCCCCUUAUUGGCACUCUCUCAGAGGCCCUAGAGGUGGCCAAGGCAGCGAGAGCAGCGGGGUGGACUGUGGCGGUGGCAGGUGGGGUGGGGCGGCAGGGGGACACGGAGGACUGCAUGCUUGCUGACGUGGCAGUGGGCAUGGGGGCCCAGCGAAUCAAGGCAGGGGGUGUGUGUCGGGGCGAGCGAUGCGCCAAGUAUAACCAGCUUUUACGGAUUGAGGAAGAGCUCGGAAGCAAGGCGACUUAUGCAGCAGCAACAGCAGUUGUGAUGCCACCAACUUCUCAUGCGUCCCGUUGCUCCUUUACUUCUUUCCGGGUGUUUCUCCGCAUACUCUACGCUCGUGACGAUCUUCGAGCUAUCAAUGUGCUCAGUGGUGACUAA